UGUGUGGGCAAACCCACAACUGCUGGCAUUAUAAUCAUAUCCUCUAUCCAAUCAUACCAAUAGACCACGCUCACCAGUCAUGUAUGAUGGGUAGCACUCCUUACGGUACGUAAAUACGGGGUGCACUCGAGGCCAUGCGCCACCUGGUGGUUAUUCUGGGAAGUGUAACAAAUGGUAAAUGGCGCACUUAAAUAGCGCUUUUAUCCAAAGCACUUUACACUGGUUCUCAUUCACCCAUUCACACACACCAAUGGUAGCAGAGCUGCUAUGCAAGGCACUAACUUGCCAUCUGGAGCAACUUGGGGUUCAGUGUCUUGCCUGAGGACACUUCGGCAUGUGGAGUCACGCGAGCCGGGAAUGGAACCGCCAACACUACGAUUAGUGGACAACCCACUCUACCACCUGAUCCACAAUGUAUUUAAACAAAUGUAUUUAAUUCUAAGAAAUUGGUCUCUGUAGCCCUGUGGCAUUCUGCGUGAUAGGCUUCAGGAUCUUGCAUGAAAAGACAUGCAUUUUUUAAGGCCACAUCUCUAAACAGCAGAACAGAAAGUUAAACUAUCGAUCACAAUGAGCUUUUUAUAGUUCUGUUCAAUUGAUAAGUUUUUUAGAAUUCUUUGGACGAUACAGCAGGAUUUUUCAGUCCCUUGUUUUCCUACAGCUUCUUGUAUGUGCUCUUUUUGAUGUUACAUCUAUCACCACUGCUGUUUGCUGUUUUCUCUCUUUUAUCUAUAAUUGCUGUGUCGGGUUUGGUUCAGUGCUACUUGUUUUAUGAGCGAUUUCCAGGGAACUUUAGAUAAGGACUGUAUAUAUAAUCCCUUAUCAAUAGUUUCUUUAUUAUAACACUACAACAUUUUUUUGCUUAUUCAAUCUACUAGAGGUCAGUCAGUUGUGCUAACUGGUCCCCAGAGUCUCUCACUAAUUGCCAUGUUGCCAUUUUUUGUGGCAUAUUCCUUUUAUUUAAGAUGUUUACAUGAAUAUUUCCAUUUUGGUCCCUGCAGAAAACUCACUGCUCCUGUGAUGAUAAAGAAGUUUUUAAAUGAGUGAGAAAACAGCCGAGGAUUUGAGACGAUUUCAGAACCCCAGGAUUGGUUCAAGUGGUACGUUCAGCUUGAAAUUGCCCAUUUUCCAGCAUGAGCCGUCCGUUUAACAGGAAAAAAGAUAAAUCAUGGAUGCAUACGCCCGAGGCCCUGGCCAAGCAUUUUAUUGCCUACAAUGCCAAGUUUCUGGGGAACACGGAGGUCGAUCAGCCCAAAGGAACAGAGGUGGUGAGAGAUGCAGUUCGAAAACUCAAGUUUCAAAGACACAUCAAGAAGUCAGAGGGACAGAAGAUCCCUAAAGUGGAGUUACAAAUCUCAAUCUACGGAGUGAAGAUACUAGAUCCCAAAACAAAGGAAGUGCAGCACAAUUGCCAGUUGCACCGGAUAUCCUUCUGCGCAGACGAUAAAACAGACAAAAGGAUAUUCACGUUUAUCUGCAAAGACUCCGAAUCUAACAAACAUCUCUGCUACGUGUUCGACAGUGAAAAAUGUGCAGAAGAGAUCACUUUGACUAUUGGCCAGGCGUUUGAUCUGGCAUACAAAAAGUUCUUGGAGUCGGGAGGGAAAGACGUGGAGACGAGGAAACAGAUAGCAAGCUUGCAGAAAAGAAUUCAGGAGCUGGAGACGGAAAAUUCGGAAUUGAAAAAACAGUUGCAAACGCUUGAGGAACAACUGCUUAUCGCUCCGGUUCCUCCUGGGGGUAACAACUCCAAAGUUCCCACGGAUAUUUUCGACAUGGUUCCGUUUUCUCCAGUGGCACCUCUGGUUCCACUCCCAGCUAGUAAUUCUUCACCUCCUCCACCUCCAGCAAGACCGACAGAGAUCAGAAGGGACCUGUUUGGUGCCGAGCCCUUCGACCCUUUCACUUGCGGUGGUGCCGACUUUCCCCCAGACGUCCAGUCGCGGCUGGAUGAGAUGCAGGAGGGGUUCAAAAUGGGACUAACAGUAGAGGGCACUGUUUUUUCCCUUGAUCCACUCGACGGUCGCUGCUGAUGCCAGGAAGAAAUUUCUUUGUUAACUUAACUGUUCACCCAUUUGUAAUAAAGUGCCAAAAUUUUGGGUCUACAGUCAAGUUGUCAGUGUUUUCACCAUGAGAUUUGUAUGUAUUUGCGUUUGGUAUUUGGUUUACAAAAAGAAAGUAUAUUGAGAAGCAGAAUGCCAGAUUGCUAUUUUUGUAUGAACUGUAACAAGGGCAUGGAGGACUGUCUGUCUCUGUCUGUGUGUGUGUGUGUGUGUGUGUGUGUGUGUGUGUGUGUGUGUGUGUGUGUGUGUGCAGGCACUGAUAGAUGUAGAUAAUAAAACCGAUGGUACAACCUGAGAGGAAGGGUUUCAUAUGGCGCACCAUGAUGUCGAUCUUAUUUUACACAGAUGUUGAUCUUUUAAUUUGUUCUCACAUCAGACAAACGUCCACUUCAUGACAGCAUGCAGCAUCGUCUUAAUUAAUACACUUACAAAUACUGGAAUAUCAAUCUUACCCUUUGCUAACUCUAGAUUACGUUUCAUUUCAUUUUCCCCCCCCUUGUUAUUCAUCAGAAUCAUUGUAAUAUUUUCUUAACUGGACAUUAAUAUUUUUGAUGGAUUUUAUAACUCUGUAGCUGGAUUGUUUGUGUAAUAAUGUGUACUUGUACUGCAUUUUAAUUUGGUAUUAUUAUCUAUUUUAGUAUAUUCUUGCACCAGGAAGCACUUUGAGAAAAAAAAAGUAUUCUGUCCAUAUAUUGACCUGUUUUCUUUCCUUUUUUUUUUUUUUUUUUUGAUUUGAUUGUAUUUUUUUACUUUGUAUGCAAUAUUUUAGCCUUUGCUGUUGUAGUCAUUAAAGACAGUAAUAUGUGA